AAGAAGAGUGGACCGUUUCUGCCAUAUCGGGUCGAACUCGGACUAUUUGAUCUCGCAAUGGGUGCUCUGAGCGGUGGCUGUGGCCAUGGCUGGCUCUGGGGGUGGAACGGUACCUCGAAGAACGAGGGAUCCUCGCGUCGUCGUCGGAGGAGCUCGAAGCCCUCGGAAUCCGUGGAGUCGACCGGGAGAGCCGCUCGCCGGUUCCCCCUCAAGCAAGCGGCGACGGCGGGCUCGCUCGCUCUCGCCGGCGACACAAUAGCUCAGGUCAUGGAGCGCCUGCGAAGGAAGAGGGAGGGCGCCGCGAGACAUUCCUCGUCUGGAUCGGACAUUGAUGGUGUUCGCGAGGACAUCAUUCGCGUUCCUUUUUCAGAUCAUGACUGGUUUCGGGCCCUUCGCAUGGCUUCUUAUGGAUUCCUUCUCUAUGGCCCCGGUUGUUAUGUCUGGUAUCAGUAUCUUGAUCAAACUUUGCCUAAGCCAACAGUUGAGAACUUGAUGCUGAAGGUAUUGCUAAACCAAAUCGUGCUUGGCCCUGCAGUUAUUGGUAUUGUUUUUGCUUGGAACAACUUAUGGCAAGGGAAGUUUUCUGAGCUUCCUAAAAAGUAUCAAAAAGAUGCUCUUCCCACACUACUCUAUGGAUUUAGGUUCUGGAUCCCUGUCAGUGUAUUGAAUUUCUGGGUGGUUCCCCUUCAAUCCCGUGUAGCUUUCAUGUCCAUGGGCUCCAUCUUCUGGAACUUCUGCUUGUCUUCUAGCAUGAGCAAGUAGCUGUGUAUGAGGAACCUCAUUUUGCUGCUCCCUGUUGUCUUCUCGGGAAAUAGAAGCUCUGGCUUCAGUUUUUCUGUGCUGUUUAUUGGUUAACUGAACACUUCUGAAUUGGUAGACUACAUUCCAUA